CACAGAUGCUACUCUCACUUGAGCUUCGAGCUUGCUGCGACUGUAGCUUCUCUUCAGUCCACGGCGAUCGAGGUACCUUCCUCUCUGCAAGCGGACUUAUGACUUUUGUCCUCAUCAUGCCACCUUCAUGCUGCUAAAAAGAAAAAGAGAAACAGACGCGCAGCAUUCUAACACAGCACUAGUCGUUCUCUGUUCUAAUACAGCACUAUUGCAUUACGCGGGCAUAUACUUGCAAGGCCUGGGUCCUGCGCUACUGGGAAAUCGGUACAUGCAGCGACAGGGCCAGAAGGUUCUGGGAAAAAAGGACGUGCUGGUGUGCGCGGAGUCACUGGGAAUAUUCGGUGGAUCUCUAAUUCCAGGUCCGCUCUCUAACUCCUAUCCGCGUCUUCUAACUAACGGAGGCAGGCUCUGGUGGGGGUGUAGUUUGUGCAACUAUUAGAUGGGAAAAGUAGACACUACUGGAUCUGUAGAGCGAAGACAGGAACGAUCCUGCGAGUCCCAAAAGUAUACGGGUGCUGGAAGGGCUCGGCUUCGCGUCUUACCCGCACAAUAGGUAGCACCCUCUGGAAAGACCUACUCGUGCUCUCACGUACGCCAUAAUCGUAUCCCUAUUGGUAGACGUACAUCAUUGCAUCAUUUCCGUCUUAGGUCUCAAGAGCCUCAUACUGGGUUUGGCUAUGUGUAUACAGGA